UAUAUAUUCUCGAAAAAUUCCCAAACCCUCCAAAACCCCUAAAACCAAAAAUCUCUCAAUUCUUCCGUUUCCCUCUGAAAUAUUAAAAAUUGUUAUUGUUCUAUUUUCAUCAAUUCAAAUUUUAAUUCUUCAGAUCUCUGAUUCAAUUCAUGGACUCGCCUUCCCUGGAGGAUCACGCUCGAAUCGCUAUUGCCGGAGAGACGUCUAUUAGAAGGGACACUUUUACAGAACAGCCUCUUUCGCCCAAAGAUGAAAGGAUUGUUUCAGCAAAUCCUUCUCCGGAUGCAGCCAUCAUAGGGCCAUCAAGAGAUGUUACAGACCAACCACAAUCUUCUGAUGCUGGUGGAGAUCUUAGUAUUCUACCUCCGCACAAUACUUAUGCUUCACAUGAACAGAUGUUAUCAUAUGGCAGUUAUGGCAAUAGUGCCAGUGCUUGGGAUGGAUAUCCUCAGUAUCUUAAUGCUGCUGAUGGCAUGCAUAUAUCUCCGGUUGUCUACAAUGAUAAUCCCUCUCUCAUGUUUCAUUCUGGUUAUGGCUUCAAUCCUGAGAUGGCAUAUGGGCAGUAUUCUCCAGUUGCUACACCUUUGCCUUCUAUAAUGCUAGAAAGCCCGUUAUACUCUCCGAAGCAGAUCCCAUUUUCACCAUCUUUCUAUCCACAACAUGCUCCUCCCAAUGUGCCUUCAUCAGUUCCUGUUUCUUCAUCUGAGCUCAUGACAUCAGAUUGUAAUACUGAUAACUCGCGUUUUGGGCCAGGAUCUGGUUACUUGGUACAGUUUGGAUCGUUUGGUGGAGGGAACAUGUCUGGGAUACCUGGCUCUGGCCCAUUAACAUCCCCAGCAGUAUAUCCUCAACCAAUGGGCAUACUUGGGCCAUAUGAACACCAUAUGCAACAGAUUUCUCAACAAAGAUUGCAUGGAUAUGGACUAACAUCAACUUCCUCUGUUGGACGCUACCAGCAUGGUGGCUCUUUUCAGAGCUCCAAUAUUGGCAGUGGUUCUGUUUCUUAUCCGGGGGUUUAUGAUCGGGUGCAGCUUUCUCUUGAUAAGGGUAGAAGAAGAGAGAGGGAUCAGGAUUCAGUUUACACUUCUAAUGAUUCUUUUAGUUUUGACCGUAAUCGAGGACCAAGGGCUUCAAAGAUUAAGGGCAAGACGACUGAACAGAGCUCUCAAUUUGGUAAUGGCAAAGAUGAUUCAUCUAGCUCUCAAUUUCAGCUAGAUUUGUACAAUAGGCCAGAUUUUGUCUCUGAUUAUGAGAAUGCCAAGUUCUUUGUAAUAAAAUCUUUCAGUGAAGACAAUGUCCAUAAAAGCAUUAAGUACAGUGUGUGGGCCAGCACGCCGCAUGGAAAUAAAAAACUAGAUGCUGCAUAUCACGAGGCAAAGGAGAAUGGAAGCAACUGUCCGGUCUUUCUGUUGUUUUCGGUCAAUGCUAGUGGGCAGUUCUGCGGGGUAGCUCAAAUGGUUGGACCUGUCGAUUUUGACAAAGAUGCUGAUUACUGGCAACAAGACAGAUGGAGUGGUCAGUUCCCAGUUCAGUGGCAUAUUAUCAAAGAUGUUCCUAACCGUCAAUUCCGACACAUACUACUAAAAAAUAAUGAUAACAAGCCUGUCACUCAUAGUCGGGAUGCUCAGGAGGUGAAACUGGAACAAGGUAUUGAAAUGUUGAGAAUUUUCAAGGAACACUCUGUGCACACAUCUAUUCUAGAUGAUUUUGGUUUUUACAAUCAGCGGGAGAAAGCUUUAAAGGAAAGGAGGGCCAAACAAGCAGCAAAUCUGACUGCAGAUACUUCAUGUCUACUUGCUGAUGAUACUGUAAAUCAAAUAUCUGGUAGUUUUGCCCAAAAUCUCCACUUGGAAGAUGGUAGUAAAGAAACAUCAGCAAUGGUAGCGAAUUGUAGCUCAACUCCUGAUUGUGGAGUUUAAUCUACUAAUGAUCUGAACACUGAGCUUUCAUUUGUUGAGAAUUCCAUUAGUCAUAGCUUGUCAAAAACUUUGAAUUUAGAAGAGGGCAACAAGGUUCUGGCUCCCGCUUUGGAUGGUAAGCACGAGGGUUAAGGCUGUCGAUAAGCGGACCACAGGUUGUAUUAACAGAGUGGAGUUGGCUUGUAGUUGAUGCUUCUGUGCCAGAUGUUGGGAGGUUGGUCAGGCCAGGAAGUCAACAGUUUUAGUAUCUCACUAAUUUGGUAUUAAAUGUUUGAUUUUCUUUGGAUUUCUUUUUCGGAUGCUAAAACUGGCUGCAGAAUGUGGGGGUAGAUUGCAUACUAUUGUGCUUGAUGCCUAAUUUGGAUGUAAUUUUAGGUUCUGUAGUUUUCUCAGGACUCUUGGCUAGUGGAAAAGAUUUGUAGAGUUGCCCCCUUUUUGGGUAACAAAAUUAUAAUAAUUAAAAGGAGAAAAAUUGCAAAAA